AUGGCGGAUAAAGCAUGCAUCAAGCGUCUUCAGAAGGAGUAUAGAGCCCUUUGUAAAGAGCCAGUUUCCCAUAUUGUGGCCCGUCCUUCACCAAGUGACAUUCUUGAGUGGCACUACGUAUUGGAAGGAAGCGAGGGAACACCUUUCUCAGGUGGUUUUUACUAUGGGAAAAUCAAGUUUCCACCAGAAUAUCCAUAUAAACCUCCUGGAAUCAGCAUGACAACACCCAAUGGGAGGUUCAUGACACAGAAAAAGAUCUGUUUAUCAAUGAGUGAUUUUCAUCCUGAAAGUUGGAAUCCAAUGUGGUCUGUAUCAAGCAUACUCACCGGGCUUCUUUCAUUUAUGAUGGAUACCAGUCCAACCACGGGCAGUGUAAACACCACUACUGCCGAGAAGCAGCGUCUUGCAAAAUCUUCACUCUCUUUCAAUUGCAAGAAUGCAACAUUCAGGAAAAUGUUCCCUGAGUACGUGGAGAAGUACGAACAGCAGCAGCUUUCUGAGCAAACUGCUUCUGAGCAGCGAGUAUCAUCAGACGCUCGUCAUGAUAAAGGUUCAAAUUCUGUUUCGGAAAGGAAUUUAGACUCAGCAGAAGAAGUCAUGAAAAGGGUAGAGGGAUUGAAGGACACGAGGAGAAACAAAAAACAGGCAUUUCCAACAUGGAUGAUGUUAUUACUCUUCUCCAUCUUUGGGGUUGUUAUGGCAUUACCUCUACUUCAGCUGUGA